CUAUGGUGCAUACUAUUCUGUAGCAGCUCGUCUCACGAGCCAUGUGACGUAGAGAGAGUCUAUUCUACAGCACUGAAAGGAAAGCAGAGCAACCCCCUUUCAGAAGCGCCGAGUGAGCAUGUGUGGCUCACGACUGGCUAGGAUGUCCUUUAAUAUACGGUUGCUAUGGAAAUGGAUGACAUGAAAUGGAUCCGUACGGCUAACGGCUAAAACAUCUCCUCACCUCGUGUUUUUACAGAAAUCACUGCCAACAACCUGACACGUCAUAAGGAGAUCUGCACCAGCCGAGUCCAGUGGAGCCGGCGCUGAGCAGAGGGGCUGAAGAUUGGCUGCUGCCCGCUCUAGCACCAGGAUCCUCUACAGCCGUCUGGGGUGAGGGGUGGAGGAGACGAGGUGCCUGGCUGGGGCUGGGUGGAUGCUGCCUGGAGGAGGGGGGGCCACGGCAGCAGCAGAGGCAGUGGGAGGAAGAUGGCAUCCACAUGCAUGCAGAUCUUCGCCUUCAUCCUGGCGCUGUUGGGCAUCAUGGGGGCCAUGGUKGCCACACUGCUGCCCAAUUGGAAGGUGAGUGCCGACGUGGGCUCCAACAUCAUCACAGCCAUCUCCCAGAUGCAGGGGCUGUGGAUGGACUGCACCUGGUACAGCACCGGCAUGUUCAGCUGCACCUUGAAGUACUCGGUGCUGUCGCUGCCCGCCUACCUGCAGACUGCCCGUACCACCAUGGUGCUGUCCUGUGUGAUGGCUGCCAUGGGCCUGUGCCUGGCAUCCCUGGGGCUCAAAUGUACCCGCUGGGGGGGCGGCCGGCGCUCCAAGAGGCACGCAGCCAUCGCCAGCGGGGGCUGCUUCAUCGCCGCUGGCUUCCUGUGCCUGGUGCCCGCUUCCUGGUUCACCAACGAGGUCAUCACUAACUUCCUGGACCGCAGUGUGCACGAGAGCAAUAAGUUUGAGCCCGGGGGGGCCGUGUACGUGGCCUUCCUGUCGGCAGGCUUCCUCUUCGUGGGGGGGUCCAUCUUCUGCGUGUCUUGCUCGGGGAAGAGGCCCGGUCACCAGGACAUGAUCUUACUGCCCCCCCCCAACAAACUCAUACUGCAGCAGCAACAGCAGCUCCUACAGCAACAGCAGCAGGACCAGCACCAGUACUGCUCCCUCUCCCCACUAGACAAUAAGACAGGCUACAGCCUGCAGGACUAUGUGUAGGCUAAAGCAACAAGCCACUUGCUACUGCUAGGCAGACCAGUUUGGGGAAACAACCAGGGCUUACACUGCGUAAGAAAUUGAGGAGACUAGAGCGGAGGGGAAGGACUUUGAUGGCGUCUCUUUCCCUUUCCCCUCUUUUUCUGUUCUGCAAGCACAAGCAGUGGAGGUAUUCCCCGAGCAGCCCCUUGGAACAGACGGACGGUGAAUGUGAAAUGCAGCGCAGCCGGGGGAGGAAGGGAAGCGCUGCAGAAUGGGAGGGGAGCCGCAGCUCGACACAUGCAGAUACCCCAGCAAUCAUCAGUAAAUCCAUUAAGACUUCCCGGGGGAAUGGAUUAGCUGAUAACAAGCCUCCCAUUAAUUUCCUUUUCCUCGCCAAAGGUUUGAAUUAAUAAGCAAUCAUUUAGCUGCUAAUAAUCGUUUGGUAACCACCCAUUCGGCAAGUUGGCAAUAUUGCUAUUAUUGUCUCAAAGAGGCAAUAACAGUACGUGCAAUUCCCUUUUCAUAAGCAAGCUACUGUUGUUUUGAACUAUCCACUAGAUAUGCUAGUUGUUGGGACUGAUUUAAGAAAUGGUCUUAUUUUUGGUAGCUAAUAGACUGAUUGAUAUUUUGCCUAAGCAUGCUGUUUGGAGCCUGUCUGUGUAUAAUGCAGAGGAAUGCCUGUUAGAGACUGAGACGUAUGUAGUGUAGCCAACGCAAUGCCUAAAAAGCUGUAGUAUAUUAUCCUUCCCAUUGAAACUGUUCAAAGAGUGCUGUCAGAAUGAAUACAUAGGGUUCUGGGCUUGGAGAUCGAACAGAAUGGCAUAUAAACAAAAUCCUGUAACUCACCCUGCAGGUAGAGACAGACAGAGACAAAGAGACAGACAGACAGAGAGGGAGGGACAAACAGCGAGACAACAAACACAA